CUUUAGUUUAUUACUGUUUACUGCUCUUUAUAGCUUUUUUAAAUUUAUUUGGAAACGUUUAAUUUGAUUCUUUUUGAAGGCAUCUGCUUUACAGCAUUUAUUUGCAUGUGCCUAUGUCUUUUGUACAGUACUGUAUAUAAAUAGAAACAUACAGUAUAAUGUGUUUCAGGACAGGUAAAUAUACACUCGCUGAGCACUUCAUUAUACUUUAGGUACACCUAUUCAUUCAUGCAGUUAUCCAAUCAGCCAAUCGUGUGGCAGCACUACAGUGCAUAAAAUCAUGCAGAUACGGACAUACUUUUGACUGUGGCAUGGGUUGUCGGUACCAGAUGGGCUGGUUUGAGUGUUUCUAUAACUGCUGAUCUCCUGUAAUUUUCACAUACAACAGUCUCUAGAGUUUACUCUGAAUCGAAACAAAAAAGAAAAAACAUCCAGUGAGCGGCAGUCCUGUGGACGGAAACGCCUUUUUGAUGAAAGAGGUCAGCGGAGAAUGACCAGACUGGUUCUAGCUGACAGAAAGGCUAUGGUAACUCAGAUAAACACUCUGUACAAUUGUGGUAAGCAGAAAAGCAUCUCAGAACACACAACACCUCCAACAUUGAUGUGGAUGGGCUACAACAGCAGAAGACCAAGUCGGGUUCCACUUCUGUCGGCCAAGAACAGAAAGCUGAGGCUGCAGUGGACUCAGACUCACCAACACUGGACAGUUGAAGACUGGAAAAACAUAGCCUGGUCUGAUGAAUCUCGAUUUCUGCUGAGGCACACAGAUGAUAGGGUCAGAAUUUGGCACCAACAGCAUGAAUCCAUGAACCCAACCUGCCUUGUGUCAACAGUCCAGACUGGUGGAGGUGGUGUAAUGGUGUGGGGAAUGUUUUCUUGGCACACUCUGGGCCUGUUAAUACCCAUCAAUCAUCGCUUGAAUACCACAGACUAUUUGAGUUUUGUUGCUGAGCAUGCACAUCCAUUCAUGCCCACAAUUCACCAUCUUCUAAUGGCUACUUCCAGCAUGAUAAUGCACCACGUCACAAAGCAAAAGUCAUCUCAAACUGGUUUCAUGAACAUGACAGUGAGUUCAGUGUUCUUCAGUGGUCUUCCCAGUCACCGGAUCUAAAUCCAGUAGAUCACCUUUGGGAUGUGGGAGAACGGGAGAUUCACAGCAUGAAAGUGCAGCUGAAAAAUCUGCAGGAAUUUCAACAUGAACCAGAAUCUCAAAGGAAAGUUUCCAACAUCUUGUGAAAUCCAUGCCAUGAAGAAUUGAGGCUGUUUUAGAGCAAAGUGAGGCCCUACUGAGUAUUAGCAUAGUGUUCCUAAUAAAGUGCUCAGUGAGUGUAUUUUAUAAUGCUGAAUUUUUCAUAACACAGGAACGCGUAGGCUACAAUCCGCCAUUCAGAACGAAUCGAUUAAGGAGGAAGAGUGAAUCAAACUAAAAGAUUCGAAUCAUUAAAAAGAUUCGUUUUGUAACACCCCCCUGCUCUCGUGUCCUUCACGGCGGCUCAAAUAAGCGCGCGCUUGGACUUUAGAAAAACACCUCAGAGAAUCUAUCACUAGUGUCAUGGCGGUACAGCAGUGGCACAUCACUUUCCUCACAAUAUUGUGAUUACAAUUAGCACUGGUGCCAGUUAGGGAUUUUAAAACUAAUUCUACAAUGAAUGAUUCAGUUAAUUCUACCAAUGAGUCUUGUCCUGUCGUGUCUGUGUGUGAGGAGGACAUGCUCAUCAUUCCUGCGGUUCCUUACCUGCUGGACGCCUGGCUCGUGCCGCUGGUCUUCGCUCUCAUCAUGGUGGUGGGACUGUUUGGAAAUUCACUGGUUCUCUUUGUGAUUUCUAAACACAAGAAAAUGUGGACAGCGACAAAUAUCUAUAUAGCGAACCUGGCGAUGACCGACAUCACCUUUCUGGUUUGCUGUGUGCCUUUCACUGCAGUGCUUUAUCCUUUACCAAGCUGGAUCUUUGGAAAUUUCAUGUGUAAAUUUGUCAGCUACAUCCAACAGGUCUCUGCACAGGCCACUUGUGUAACACUGACAGUGAUGAGUGUGGAUCGCUGGUAUGUCACUGUGUAUCCGCUACGCUCCUUGCAGUGUCGCACGUCGAGAGUUGCCACCGUGGUGAAUCUGGGAAUCUGGAUAGGAUCUUUCUUGGUGUCUCUGCCAGUGCCACUGUACACUAGGACUUUAGCUGGAGAAUGGUUUGGUCCUCAGGUAUUCUGCGCUGAGAUUUUCCCCACAACAACUCACAAGAAAGCCUUCAUCCUGUACAACUUCCUGGCUGUGUAUAUGCUCCCACUGGUGACAAUCUGUGUGUGUUAUCUGGUCAUGGUGUACCAGAUGGGCCGGCCAGCUGUGGAGCCUGUCGACAAUAAUUAUCAGCUCCAGGUUCAGACAGAGCGCAGCGCUGCUGUGAGAGCCAAAGUGUCCCGUAUGGUGCUGGUGAUUGUACAGCUGUUUAUUCUGUGCUGGGGUCCCAUCCAGCUGUUCAUCCUGGCACAGGCAUUUAGCCCACACUUCCGUCAGGACUAUUACACAUACAAAGUGAAGAUAUGGGCACACUGCAUGUCUUAUAGCAACUCGUGCAUUAAUCCCAUAGUCUACGCCUUCAUGGGUGCCAACUUCCGCAAGGCCUUCAAGAAAGCUUGUCAUUGCUGUUUCAAACAGCGGGUAACUGUCGCCCAACAGCCAAACGCAAACGGAAACACUGAGAUGCACUAUGUGUCAUAGAGUAUGUGUAUGUGUAUAUGUGUGGGGAAUGACAUUUGACCUUGUGGGGACAUUUGGCUGGUCUCCAUGAGGGAAACCAACAUUUAUUUAUUUAUUUAUUUUACAAAGACUACAGCUUUUAUUACAAAAACUAAAAGAGCCAAAAGGUUUAGGUUAAGGAUAUAUUUUUUAGGUUUAAGUGCAGUAGUAAUGGGACGUACAUCAGAUGCCCAUUAAUGCUGACUUUUUAUUACACUCAAUUUAAAGUUUAAUUCGUAACUUAAAGUACGAAUAGGUGCAAGUGAGUCUUAUACCAAGAGGCUACUUUGAAAACGGAUGGGUGUAUUGAAAUUAUUUGGCUGUGGAGGAAGAAGACAGCGAAAUGCCAUUAGACAUAAUGUAUUCUACUUCUCUUGGGUUAUUUCAAAUAAUAUGGACUAGUAUACAGAUAUCAACACUUUAAAAAAAUAACUUAUUAUGUACAGAAAAAUAACUGGAAAUUUGUGAUUUCUACAGUGAGAAUUUGCAAAUAUGGAUGUCAAGAAUUGGAUGUGAAAUAAAUAAUUUGAGACUGUU